CCUCGGAGAGCGAAGUUUUAGGAUUGUAUGGCUUUCAAUUUAAGCUGGGAAUUUUUUCCGUUCACCAAGACUUGUUGGCAAAUGUCACGAAGCUCGGGACUUCUACUGACAUACAUGGAGGCUUUGCUUAGCUCCUCGGAGGUAUGAUUCAUUUCCGUGCCUGGUCAGUUUCGUUCAAAUUUGCCAUUCUGCCCCUUCUAAACAAUCUCAUGUCAUUAUGACAAAACCAUUUUACUUAUCUGUCAAAACUCGCUGUACGAUAGCCUUUCGGCUAAAAUACAAGGCUCUGCCGGCGAUUCUUGAUAGAUUCGUUGAGUCCCAAGCACUACUCUUUUCCAUGCUCCCAGAAAAGCCCCGUCUCCUACGUCGGCUUGGGAAUCUUCAAGGGGUGUGCUUCCGUAUUAAGUACAUAAUCAUCCAGACUAAUCAGAUCCGGGUCAGAGAAGAUUAGGUAAAAGUACUUGAGCGUUUCUGCGAGCCAAAAACUCUGUGCAAUGAAAUGCCCAGUCCAGCCAUUCCCGGUCGCCCGUGAUUCGAUAGAGGAUAAAGACGCUCUCGAUGGCUUCGGGCCUCAAGAUGUACCGAUAGUCUGUGAUGCUCGCGAACGCUGCGGGCAUUCCUUCGUUUCGGGAACCGCCACCACCCUUGGCCUCGAAUAUGGACUUGUUCCAUUUGCACUUGGCCAGCUUGGGCUCUUCGCAUGCCACCAUGGAUCCAACCUCAGGCAUGAUGCCUGA